UGUUUAUUAAUAGAGCGGCGUUUACAGUAGCCGACGCUGUACAGUAAUCAUGUGUAUUUGUGUAACACGUGACAGAGCGAAUGUGACUCUUGGCCUUUAACUCUGGUGUGUAUCUUCACCAUCAUCAUCAUCGUCAGUGGUGUGAGGGAAUGGAGAGCAGCGCCGCUCAGCGGUCACUGCAGGAACACGAGCGCUGUCGGACUCUGCCGCCGGUGGCUCUUGAUCUGAUCCUGAUGAUAUUUCCUGCGCUACAGUGAAUCACAGCAUCAAAGGAGCCGAACAUCCGCGCGGACUCACGCGUUACUGUUACACGCCAUCGGUGAUUCAGAACCUUCGUUUCUGAAGGUGAUCGUGACCUUCGGUUCACCUUUCUGCAGCGACACACACACACACACACUUCUCUUCAUCUCUGUCUUCUUCACAAUCAUCAUAAUCAGUUCGUUAACGGCGUUUGUCCGACUCGCGUUCGGCGGGUCGAACCGGAUGAUUCGGAUGCUUCUGCUUGAUCGGUUCUGCUGGUCUGCUCGUGAUGCAUCUCGCGGAUUUCGUCGCCGGUUCUGUCGGAGGGGCUUUUGGAGUGGCGGUGGGGUAUCCGCUGGACACAGUGAAGGUGAGGAUCCAGACUCAGACACGUGACUCAGGUGUUUGGGAGUGUGUGAGAAGAACCUGCAGAACUGAAGGAGUCAGAGGUUUCUACCGCGGGAUGUCCAUGCCGCUGAGCACCGUCUCCAUCAGCUCCUCGCUGGUGUUUGGCACCUACAGGAACGUCCUGCACCUCCUGCAUGAGCUGCGGCACAGAAGCGCAGCGGAUCCGCACCAUAAAGCUGAUUUAUUUGUGUCUGGGUUUGCUGGAGGCGUGGCUCAGGUUUUGGUGAUGUCCCCCGCAGACAUUGUGAAAGUGCGUCUUCAGUGUCAGACCGAGCUGCCGGACUCCAGGCCCAAGUACCGCGGCCCGGUGCACUGUCUGCUGAGCAUCGCGCGGGAUGAGGGUCUGCUGGGGCUCUAUAGGGGCUCUGCUGCUUUAGUGCUGCGCGACGGACCCUCCUUCGCCACGUACUUCCUCACGUACAGCAGCAUCUGUGAUUCCCUGCGCUCUACAGACAGCAGCCAGCCAGGCUGGCCGGUGGUUCUUCUGGCCGGUGGUGUGUCUGGGAUGUGCGGCUGGGCCGUCGGGACACCGAUGGAUGUGAUCAAGGCGCGUCUGCAGGUGUCUGGCGUGAGCGGCCGGCGCUACAGAGGAUUCUUCCACUGUCUCUCACACAGCGUGAGGAGCGAAGGCGCCGCUGUUCUCUUCAGAGGUCUGACGGUGAACUGCAUCCGUGCCUUUCCGGUCAACAUGUCCGUCUUUGCCAUGUACGAACUGGUUGUUCGCUUUCUGCGUUCGGCGUCAUAGAUCGUCGUCAGAUCUUCUUUGCACACGUGAUUCCUCACUGAGGACGGUUAGCAUCAGUGUUUUAUGAACCGCACAGCUGGACGUUUGUGACCGGAAGCCUUUCUGUGCUCAGCUUCUGAGCUGCAGAAGCUCUUCAAGCACAUAAUGUACGGAGUGAAUAUUUAUCAUUUGCAUUAAUAUAUAUUUGAGUGUGUUUUGCAGUGUCUACCUCCAGAUGCGUGCGUCUGUGCAUCAUGAAUGUUUAAAGGAAUAGUUCAGCCAGAAAUGAACAUUUGCUGAAAAUGUGCUCAUCCCAGAUCAG